AUGACUUUAAUACUAGAAAUUGCUAACCACCGACAAAUAGAUGAUAUCUGUGAAGAAUUCAUUGAAUUUGCUUGUGUUGUAUUCUCAGCUAACAAAAAUUUGACGUUUGGAGCCAGUAUUAUUAGAUGUCUUGCAGAAAUACUUAAGUUUAUGAAGAAAAAAACAGAUUUAUUUAAAGAACUAGCAUCGAAGCUGAUUCAAUCAACAUCAAAGACACCUUUGUUUUCAAUGACAUCAUUUUUAUUACAGAAAUACAAACAAUUCGUUGAUGUACGAGAUUUAAUUGUUUCAGUCGGAACUUUUUGUUCUAUCGAAGAAAUUGAGUUUAUAGAAGCAUGGAUGAUAGGUCCUGCAUCAUUUACCGCUGCUUUAAAACUUUUAGAAACUGCUUACGAUGGUCCAAUUUUUAACGCAAUUUCUAUACAUGUUUUAUGCAAUUUACUUAAGUUAUAUUCAUACAGUAAGCUUAGAUCAUAUAUUAUUGGCUUUAUUAGGCGGACAUUUCUAUUUAUUGUUAGAUCUUCUUUUCAUAACAGAAAUAAGUUGCAAAUAGCGUCCAUUUGCUAUAAUUUCAAGAACCUUUCUAAAGCGGCUCCUUAUCUGAAGCCAUAUAUAGCUUCUUUUGCUGGUAGUUUAGUUAAAACAGGAACUUGUCCAGAUAAUCUUUUUAAUUUUAUUAAACCAGGAUAUCCCAACAAGAAUUUGACUAUUCGCAUAAGAAACAUGAUUCGACUUCAAAGAAGGAAAAAUCGAAGUAAGGUUCAAAGAUAUUCUUCAAUUAACAAGAAGAUUCCUAAGAAGAUUGUCAGGUUGCGCUCGGCAAAGAAGACCAUUGCCUUGUGA